UGGGCUGUAAUCAGUGUCAUGUCGGAUUCAUGUCAACGACAACAACAGGGGGACACAAAAUGGCGGCGGCUUAGCUCCUAUCCCUGGCGGCGGCGGCAGCGGUGGCGGAGGCGACGGUACCUCCUCCAGGCGGCAGCCGCAGCUUCUUUCUCAGGCAGCGGCAGCGCCCCCGGCAGGCGCGGUGGUAGUGGCGUGUGGCCAGGGUACACCAAUUUACAGUGGAGCCAGUGGAGUCAGAAACAAACCAGCCUAAGAUUAAAAAACUUGCAGUGGAUGAUAUACAUGUGUUUAGUUGAGAAUUGGCUACAGAAAAGAGACUUCUGAUUUUGCUCCUCUCCUAAGUAGAUUUUCCUGAAGAUCUGGACAAUCUUCUUUUUCUGUCAUGAACUAUUAAAACAUUAGGAGUUCCAAUUCUGGUCUUGAUUUCCUACUUAAAGAUGUUCUUCACCCAAAUGCAGUCUUUCCUGUUGGUCAAAUAAGACAACUAUCAACAUUGCCUGUUAUAUCUCUUUUUAAUCUCUUAAGGAUGGAUGGAUGUUUGUAAGAUGUUGCUUAUUGUGUUCUGGAAUACUCUGCCCAUUCGUUAAAUUGUAAAUGACUUUUAAAUGUGCAAGUUCUGUUAAAUACAAGGAGAACCUCUAUGGGUAACUUUUGUAUUGAAGAAGUCAUUUGUCAACCAUGGUAAAACUUGCAAACCCACUUUAUACAGAGUGGAUUCUUGAAGCUAUACAGAAAAUUAAAAAGCAAAAGCAAAGGCCCUCUGAGGAGAGAAUCUGCCAUGCAGUCAGUACUUCCCAUGGGUUGGAUAAGAAGACAGUCUCUGAACAGCUGGAGCUCAGUGUUCAGGAUGGCUCAGUUCUCAAAGUCACCAACAAAGGCCUUGCUUCCUAUAAGGACCCAGACAACCCUGGGCGCUUUUCAUCAAUUAAACCAGGCACUUUUCCUAAGUCAACCAAGGGGUCCAGAGGAACAUGUAAUGAUCUCCGUAAUGUGGAUUGGAAUAAACUUUUAAGGAGAGCAAUUGAAGGACUUGAGGAGCCAAAUGGCUCCUCCCUGAAGAACAUAGAGAAGUAUCUCAGAAGUCAAAAUGAUCUCACAAGCACCACCAACAACCCAGCCUUUCAGCAGCGGCUGCGACUGGGGGCCAAACGUGCAGUGAACAAUGGGAGGUUACUGAAAGACGGACCGCAGUACAGGGUCAAUUAUGGGAGCUCAGAUGGCAAAGGGGCUCCCAAAUAUCCCAGUGCUUUCCCAUCCUCGCUUCCACCUGUCAGUCUUCUUCCCCAUGAGAAAGACCAGCCCCGUGCUGAUCCCAUUCCAAUAUGUAGCUUCUGUCUGGGGACUAAAGAAUCAAAUCGUGAAAAGAAACCGGAAGAACUCCUUUCUUGUGCAGAUUGUGGCAGUAGUGGACACCCAUCCUGUUUGAAAUUUUGUCCUGAACUAACAACAAAUGUAAAGGCCUUAAGGUGGCAGUGCAUCGAAUGCAAGACGUGCAGUGCAUGUAGAAUCCAAGGCAAAAAUGCAGAUAAUAUGCUUUUCUGUGACUCCUGUGAUAGAGGAUUCCAUAUGGAGUGCUGUGACCCCCCACUUUCCAGAAUGCCAAAAGGGAUGUGGAUUUGCCAAGUCUGCAGACCAAAGAAAAAGGGAAGAAAACUACUUCAUGAGAAAGCUGCACAAAUAAAACGACGAUAUGCAAAACCCAUUGGACGACCGAAAAAUAAAUUAAAGCAACGAUUGUUGUCUGUAACCAGUGAUGAAGGAUCCAUGAAUGCAUUCACAGGAAGGGGGUCACCUGGUAGGGGUCAAAAGACUAAAGUCUGUACCACACCUUCAUCUGGUCAUGCUGCAUCUGGGAAGGACUCAAGCAGCAGAUUGGCUGUUACAGACCCCACUCGGCCUGGUGCCACCACCAAAAUCACCACCACCUCCACCUACAUUUCUGCCUCUACACUUAAAGUUAACAAGAAAACCAAAGGGCUCAUUGAUGGCCUUACUAAGUUUUUUACACCAUCACCUGAUGGUCGCAGAUCACGAGGUGAAAUAAUAGACUUUUCAAAGCACUAUCGUCCAAGGAAAAAGGUCUCUCAGAAACAGUCAUGCACUUCUCAUGUGUUGGCUACAGGUACCACACAAAAGCUAAAACCUCCACCUUCUUCACUUCCACCCCCAGCCCCCAUCUCUGGUCAGAGCCCCAGUUCACAAAAGUCCAGCACUUCCACCUCUUCUCCCUCCCCCCAGAGCUCUUCCAGCCAGUCCAGUGUGCCCUCCUUUAGCAGCCUUACCAGUAAUAGCCAGUUGAAGGCACUCUUUGAUGGACUUUCUCAUAUCUAUACCACUCAGGGACAGUCUCGAAAAAAGGGACACCCAAGUUAUGCACCGCCCAAACGUAUGCGUCGUAAAACUGAAUUAUCUUCCACAGCAAAAUCUAAAGCUCAUUUCUUUGGAAAAAGAGAUAUUAGAAAUAGGUUUAUUUCUCACUCCUCCUCCUCUAGCUGGGGGAUGGCUAGAGGACGUAUUUUUAAAGCAUUUGCUCACUUCAAGCGAACAACUUUCCUUAAAAAGCACAGGAUGCUAGGCAGAUUAAAAUAUAAAGUGACCCCUCAGAUGGGGACCCCCUCACCAGGGAAGGGGAGCUUGACAGACGGAAGGAUUAAACCUGAUCAGGAUGAUGAUACCGAAAUCAAAAUAAGCAUCAAACAAGAAAGUACAGAUAUAAAUGUGAUUGGAAACAAGGAUACCGUUACUGAAGAGGAUUUGGAUGUUUUUAAACAAGCCCAGGAACUUUCUUGGGAGAAAAUAGAAUGUGAGAGUGGAGUGGAAGACUGUGGCCGGUACCCUUCUGUAAUAGAAUUUGGGAAAUAUGAAAUCCAAACCUGGUACUCCUCGCCUUACCCACAGGAAUAUGCAAGAUUACCAAAGCUUUACCUGUGUGAAUUCUGUCUUAAAUAUAUGAAAAGUAAAAACAUUUUGUUAAGACACUCAAAGAAAUGUGGAUGGUUUCAUCCUCCAGCAAAUGAAAUUUACCGAAGGAAAGACCUUUCAGUAUUUGAGGUUGAUGGAAAUAUGAGCAAAAUUUAUUGCCAAAACCUUUGCUUGUUAGCCAAGCUCUUCCUGGACCACAAAACGCUGUAUUAUGAUGUCGAGCCAUUCCUUUUUUAUGUCCUAACAAAAAAUGAUGAAAAGGGCUGUCAUCUGGUUGGAUACUUCUCUAAGGAAAAGCUUUGCCAGCAGAAGUAUAAUGUCUCCUGCAUAAUGAUCAUGCCCCAGCACCAAAGGCAAGGAUUUGGACGGUUUCUCAUUGAUUUCAGCUAUUUGCUUUCUAGAAGAGAAGGCCAAGCAGGGUCCCCUGAAAAGCCGCUCUCUGAUCUGGGCCGUCUGUCCUACCUGGCCUAUUGGAAGAGCGUCAUCUUAGAGUAUCUGUACCACCACCACGAGAGGCACAUCAGCAUCAAAGCGAUCAGCAGAGCUACGGGCAUGUGCCCACAUGACAUCGCCACUACUCUGCAGCACCUCCACAUGAUCGACAGGAGGGACGGCCGAUUCGUUAUCAUUAGAAGGGAAAAGUUGAUAUUGAGCCACAUGGAAAAGCUGAAAACCUGUUCCCGGUCCAAUGAACUUGAUCCCGAGAGUCUGAGGUGGACCCCAAUUUUAAUGUCUAAUGCUGCAGUUUCUGAAGAAGAGCGAGAAGCUGAAAAAGAGGCUGAGCGGCUAAUGGAACAAGCUAGCUGCUGGGAAAAGGAGGAGCAAGAAAUCCUGUCAUCCAGAGCUAACAGUAGGCAAUCACCUGCAAAAGUACAAUCGAAAAAUAAAUAUUUGCAUUCCCCGGAGAGACGGCCAGUGGCAGGGGAACGAGGGCAGCUGAUAGAGAUGCCUAAAGAGAGCAGUGAAGAAGAGGAGGAUGAGGAAGAAGAGGAAGAGGAAGAGGAAGAGGAGGAAGAGGAAGAGGAAGAGGAGGAAGAGGAAGAAGAAGAGGAAGAAGAAAAUAUUCAGAGCUCUCCUCCAAGAUUAACUAAACCACAGUCAGUUGCCAUAAAGAGAAAGAGGCCUUUUGUACUAAAGAAGAAAAGGGGUCGUAAACGCAGGAGGAUCAACAGCAGCGUAACAACUGAGACCAUUUCCGAGACCACAGAAGUGCUGAAUGAGCCCUUUGACAACUCAGACGAAGAGAGGCCAAUGCCGCAGCUGGAGCCUACCUGUGAGAUUGAUGUGGAGGAAGACGGCGGGAAGCCAGUCCUGAGGAAAGCAUUCCAACAUCAGCCUGGGAAGAAAAGACAGACAGAGGAAGAGGGAGGAAAAGACAAUCAUUGCUUUAAGAAUGCUGACCCUUGUAGAAGUAUUGUGCUUUGCACUGCUGAAGGCGUCCGUCCACGUCGCAUGUGCCCUCUUCAGCUAGCCAAUUUGAAUGUAGUACUUGCAGACAAUAUGGAUGAUGAUGCAAAUAACUUAAAAGAAGGCAGUAGAGACAAUCCUGAACCUCUAAAGUGCAAACAAGUAUGGCCAAAAGGAUCAAAGCGUGGUCUCUCUAAGUGGAGACCAAGCAAAGAAAGGAAGACCGGAUUUAAACUGAACUUGUACACUCCUCCAGAAACACCCAUGGAACCUGACGAGCAGGUAACAGUGGAAGAACAGAAGGAGACUCUGGGAGACAAGAGCAGCCCCACCCCCACCAGGACUGAGGAGGAGGUCAGGGAAGCUGCAGAACCCCUGCUGCCCCAGGAUGAAAACAGAAAGGAGGAAACAUGCGCACCUGUAAGUCCCAAUAAAUCACCAGGAGAAACACCAGAAGACGAUCCAAUCAAACCUGAGGAGGAAGAGGAGGAGGAUGAAGAAGAGGAUGAAGAGGAGGAGGAGGAGGAGGAGGAGGAGGAAGAAGAAGAAGAAGAAGAAGAAGAAGGAAAUGUAGAAAAAGACCUAAGUGGUACUGAAAGUCAGGAAAAAGAAGAACCGGAAGUCUGUAUGGACAAAGACGACCCUGUGCGUUUGGAUGAUCAUGAAGAGGAGGAAGAAGAGGAUGAAGAACCGUCUCACAAUGAGGGUCAUGAUGCAGAUGAUGAAGAUGACAGUCACAUGGAGUCUGCAGAAGCCGAGAAGGAAGAACGCCCCAGAGAAGCCUUCAAAGAAGUACUGGAAAACCAGGGGGCUUUUUUAGACCUUAGUGUCCAGCCUAGUCAUUCAAACCCAGAGGUCUUAAUGGACUGUGGCAUUGACCUUGCAGCUUCAUGUAACAGUGAACCUAAGGAGCUUUCUGGAGACACUGAACCUGCACCUGAAUCUGAUGAGGAACCCCCUGAUGAACAGGCACAGAGACAGGACCCAAAGAACAGUGACGAGACGGAUUCUGAGUUCAAAGAGGGAAGUACAGCAACCAUGGAAAUCGACUCUGAGACCGUCCAGGCAGUUCAGUCUUUGACCCAGGAGAACAGUGAACAGGAUGACACCUUUCAGGAUUGUGCCGAGACUCAAGAGGCCUGUAGGAGCCUACAGAACUACACCCACGCAGACCAAAGUCCACAGAUUGCCGCCACUCUGGACGACUGCCAACAGUCAAACCACAGUAGCCCAGUUUCAUCCGUCCACUCCCAUCCUGGCCAGUCAGUACGUUCUGUCAGCAGUCCAAGUGUCCCUGCCCUGGAAAACAGCUAUGCCCAAAUCAGCCCCGAUCAAAACGCCAUCUCAGUGCCAUCUUUGCAGAACAUGGAAACCAGUCCCAUGAUGGACGUCCCAUCCGUUUCAGAUCAUUCACAACAAGUCGUUGACAGCGGAUUUAGUGACCUGGGCAGUAUCGAGAGCACAACCGAGAACUACGAAAAUCCAAGCAGCUACGAUUCUACUAUGGGUGGCAGCAUUUGUGGAAACGGCUCUUCACAGAACAGCUGCUCCUAUAGCAACCUCACCUCUAGCAAUCUGACACAGAGCAGCUGUGCUGUCACCCAGCAGAUGUCCAACAUCAGCGGGAGCUGCAGCAUGCUGCAGCAGACCAGCAUCAGUUCUCCCCCGACCUGCAGCGUCAAGUCUCCUCAAGGCUGCGUGGUGGAGAGGCCUCCGAGCGGCAGCCAGCAGCUGGCCCAGUGUAGCCUGGCUGCCAACUUCACCCCGCCCAUGCAGCUGGCUGAGAUGCCCGAGACCGGCAACACCAACAUUGGCUUAUAUGAACGAAUGGGUCAAAGUGAUUUUGGGGCUGGGCACUACCCACAGCCGUCAGCCACCUUCAGCCUUGCCAAACUACAGCAGUUAACUAAUACACUUAUUGAUCAUUCAUUGCCUUACAGCCAUUCCGCUGCUGUAACUUCCUAUGCAAACAGUGCCUCUUUGUCCACACCAUUAAGUAACACAGGGCUUGUUCAGCUUUCUCAGUCUCCACACUCUGUCCCUGGGGGACCCCAAGCACAAGCUACCAUGACCCCACCCCCCAACCUAACUCCUCCUCCGAUGAACCUGCCACCGCCUCUUUUGCAACGGAACAUGGCUGCGUCAAAUAUUGGCAUCUCCCACAGCCAAAGACUGCAAACCCAGAUUGCCAGCAAGGGCCACGUCUCCAUGAGAACCAAAUCGGCAUCUCUGUCACCAGCCACUGCCACCCAUCAGUCGCAAAUCUAUGGGCGCUCUCAGACUGUUGCCAUGCAGGGUCCUACACGGACUUUAGCGAUGCAAAGAGGCAUGAACAUGAGUGUGAACCUGAUGCCAGCCCCAGCCUACAAUGUCAACUCUGUGAACAUGAACAUGAACACUCUCAAUGCCAUGAAUGGGUACAGCAUGUCCCAGCCGAUGAUGAACAGUGGCUACCACAGCAAUCAUGGCUACAUGAAUCAAACACCCCAAUACCCUAUGCAGAUGCAGAUGGGCAUGAUGGGGACCCAGCCAUAUGCCCAGCAGCCAAUGCAGACCCCACCCCACGGUAAUAUGAUGUACACGGCCCCUGGACACCAUGGCUACAUGAACACAGGCAUGUCCAAACAGUCUCUCAAUGGGUCCUACAUGAGAAGGUAGGCAACAUGGGCAGUCACAAAACCCCUGGGCGUCACUAUUGGAUUGAUCUGCACAAAUACCUUCGAAGAGUACGAUUUCAAAACCAGCAAUUGGUGUGAAUGCAAAAACAUUUGUUGGCACCAUUUAUUUAAAAAAAAAAAAAGCUGUAUGCAGCAGAAAGCCUUAUACGAGUUGUUUUUCUUUUCUUCCUUUUUUUUUUUCUUUUUUGGUACCUUUGUUUCUGUUACUUUUAUAUGAAGUUCUCUGCAAAGGAAGGCCUCUCUUUGGACUACAACUGGAGGCAGCCACUGUUGUGCCUGCUUCCAUUAAACAAUGUGGAUAUCAAGCCCCGCACCCCCAAAUCAUCUGUUUUAAUACUGAACCUAGAGCUUUUUGUUCUUCCCUGUCCACUCCAUGUAAAUGCCUUUAGCAUUUCAGUUACUGUAUAUUUUGUUUAAGGUGACACUCCAGCAUGCCGCUAAUGUCUUUGUUAGUGACAGUGCGUUUUGUAGUACUGUACAAGUGUUGUGCUAACGGUAAGCCAUUUCUUAAGUUUUUUGCCUUGAUUAGGGUGCCCUAAUUUGAGGGUUUAAAAAAAACUAUAUUUUUGUUAAUUAUAAAACUGUAAAGAGCUAUAAAAGCUAUUCCCAUUUGGUUAGUCAAAAGGGUUUUAUUGCUAAAUGUUUGGUGUAAAGUUGAAACCCUUUUCCAUUUUGGUGACAGAUUUCUUUGGGGAAAAAAAGGCAGCUUUCUGUUUUAUAAAUGCAGACUUCUGUUUAUUGAAUGAAGCAUAUCUCAGUGUUUAUCUGUCAGGUUUUGAAACAUUUCAUAUAUGUCCAAAUACUUGGCAGGAUUUAAAAAAAAAUAGUGAAUUUGGUGUAAAGUUGCUAUUUUAUGGAAAUGCCUCUAACUUUACAUUUUCAUUCCAUCUGUAGAUUUUCUAUCUUUAUAAAAUAUUGGAGUUAUUUUUAAAGGAAAAAUAGAGAAGUAGCUUGUGAAUAGCUCAAACUAAGCUUACAAAUCGCAUGUAAAAAAGCAAAAAAAAGUUAUUUGUGUCUGUUUAUAUUGCUUCCUUUUUUGUAGCCUUUGUACCUGUACAGGGUGACUGUAAGGGCCAAGCAGGGGAGGCGUAAUCCUUGUAUAAAAUAGGAGCCAGCGACACUCUUGUAUUUAUCUGUUCUCUUUUUAGUCAGUCACUUCCAAAAAAAAAACAAAAACAAAAACAAAAACAAAAAAAGCUGUACAUUUUAACAUAAAAUAAAUUAUGAUGAGCCAUUUUUAGCCUCUUGUGUCCUGUCAUGUUAUGGUCGGUAGAGAAUGACCAGCCGGACUGUAUCAUGGUCGCGUCUCAGAACACAUACACAUCUGGGGAAAAUAAAUUAUUUAGUGUAAAUUGGAAUUAAGAGAUUUUCUGAUUUGUUUUGACUUUGGGGGAGGGGGUUGGCAAUAAAUAAGAGUGAUAUCUAAUAAAACCAUCACAUAUACCAAAUACCUAUUUAAUAAAUUAAUUUAUAAUGGAUUUUAAUGCUUUUCAUGAAAGUUUAUUUUGUGCUGGUGCAUACCUUCUGUAUGCCAAUCAUUGUCUAAAAUAAAGUGAAUUUGUUUUUUU